GACCAUGUGAAGAGACUUAUGUUCGUAUAAUCUGUGGUAGUAGACCUUAUCAUUUUAUCACUGCUAGUCCAAUGAAAAUUCAAUUAAUAGGCAAUAGCCUAAGUAGAAUAUUUAUUCGAUUUUUUUUUAUUCGUGUCACUGUUUUCAUUGACUUUUUAUUACGUUUAAAAAAGUAUAAAAAGGAAUCUUUAACAAUUUAUUAACUUCAUGAAGUUGUGAUGAAAUUUCAAGAACACGUGAACUCUGUAAACGAUACAACUGUCGGCUGUCUGUACGGUUUAACGACGUUUACUCGGCUGUACACUUUGUCGUUGAUAGACGACUGUUUUUCGUUCACUGAUCUUCGUGUGGUUUUAUUAGACGUUUUCUAUGGUUUCACUGAUUUUGUCAGCUUUGAUGAAUUUCAAAUAAAAAUAUUUAACUACUUGGUGUUGUUCGAGUGCUUGUUAAUUGCUCUCUUGGUCAUUGCCUGGGCCAGAUACAACGUAGAUAUAUACCAACGCUUUUUACUGAGUGAUACUAUUGUCGAUGAACUGAGAGAAGACGUCUCACAUUUGAAGUUACCCAAAUCUUAUACACCAAGAAUAUGAGUGACAAACUGAAGAAAUUUUUUCAAAAGAAAAAAGCAGAUGUUAAAUUCAAAAGGGCUGGACCUGGGCAUAGGCUAAAUGAAGAUUCUGCACCGAAAAAUGUAAAUAAAGUAGGGGAGACUUCUAGGUCUUGCCGCAUCGAACCCACCGAUGAGGCUAAACAGGCUGCGGCUGCAGCUUUAGCUAGAUUCGAAAGUAAAAAAUCCACUGCUGGUUCUAAAAACAUGUCACUGGCGACCAUUAAGUCAAGAGCUAGAAAAGAAAUGGAAGCCGAAAAAAGAAAUGAAGAAAAAAAUAUAGCAAGUGAUGUAAAUAAUUGUGAAGCAAUUAAUAUCAGCAAUGAAGUUCCUGAGUCGUUGGCUGCCAGUGGCGUAUUUUUCCAAUGUCCAAUGAUAGGUUUAGAAGUUUUGUCUGAGCAAGAAUGGCAAAUGAAAAUUGAAGAAUUUAUUAAAGAACAAAUGAAAGACGAUACUAUGUUGCAAUCAAUUUUGUUAAUACAAAAUUGUAAUAAAGAUAGAUCCAAGGUGGAAGAAUGUAUUAAACUUUUAGUUACCUAUGCUGAAAAUAUUAUAAAAAACAAAGAUGAAGAGAAGUAUCGUAAAAUACGAUUGUCUAAUAAGACAUUUACAGAAAAAGUAAAACCUAUUAAAGGGGCUGUGGAGUUUCUGGAGUCGCUUGGAUUUGUUCAGAAAUCAAUUCUUCAUCAAGAACAAGAAGAGGAGUUUUUAGUUUUCCCAGAAGACUGUUUAGAAAACUUAGUAAUGGUGCAGACUAUGGUGGAUGAUUUACAGUCUGCAGAAAGAAUUCAGUUGGUUUUGGAUAGAAAUGUCAAAGUGUUGUUACCAUCACAAGCAUCUAAACAAAUAACGUUACCGCAAGAGUUCUUUACGAUGACUACAAACGAAAUAAAAGUAGAACAUCAAAAAAGGGCUGAAAAAAUUGAAAGUGAUAUGGUACUCAAAACCAAAAGCAUGCGCUUGAAAGAGCAGAAUAAGGGCAAAUCUAAUUACAAGUAUUGUUUGAUCCGAGUUAAGUUUCCGGACUGUUUAAUUUUACAGGGAACAUUUUGUGUAAAAGAACAUUUUUCGGAAGUAAUGGAAUUUGUCAAGGAGAGCCUAUUUGAUGAAGAACGGCCGUUUAAGUUGAGUCUACCAACUGGAAAAACAUUUGACCAUAAUGAAGAACCUAUGAGUUUAAUGGAACUGGGUUUGGUACCAGCAACUAUUUUGUUAUACAAAAGUGAUUCUACGGAAAACGAUCAGGAAAAUCCUUAUUUAAAGGACGAUAUUAUGGCUUUAGUACAAGAUACUGAUUAAUAAUUUAUUAUUGUGAUACUAUUUAAAUAAAUAUUUUUUUUAUA